AAGGCGGGACUCCAGAGCCCCGCCUCCAGCCUUCCCCUGCCGCCUGCUCCCUGCCUACUCCUAGUGGGUCAGCAGGAGCCGGGGUGUGCACACUGCAGAUGAGUUGAGGAAAAGGAGGCUGGGGGAGGGAUCAAGCCAGCAGGGCCUCAGGAGCCCGGCUGUGUCUCCUGCCCCGACGCGCAUCCCAGCCCGGUGCUGCCACUCUGAGCCGCCCCAGCUGUUGUUUGUGGUCUUAUCAGGCUUCACCUUCUUCUGUGGGAGAGCCCGGAUCAGCACACGUUUAUGAAAAACCCACUGUGGACCACAAACAGGCCCUGUGCUGUCCACCGGGAAUUCAGAGAUAAAUUGAGGAACAGAGUCAAAGGAGAGACAACUUGAAAACAGGUCCAAAAAUGUCUUUCCUCCAGGAUCCCAGUUUCUUCAGCAUGGGAAUGUGGUCCAUCGGUGCGGGGGCCGUAGGAGUCGCUGCCUUGGCACUGCUCCUGGCCAAUACAGACAUGUUUCUGGCAACGCCCCAGAAAGCAGCUUUGGAGUAUCUGGAGGACAUAGACCUGAAAACAAUGGAGAAGGAUGCAGUAACUUUUAAAGCGAAGGCGCUCUGGGAGAAGAAUGGAGCUGUGAUUAUGGCUGUGCGGAGGCCAGGCUGCUUCCUCUGUCGGGAGGAGGCUGCAGAUUUGUCCUCCCUGAAGCCCAGGUUGGACGAGCUGGGUGUCCCCCUCUAUGCAGUGGUAAAGGAGCACAUCAAGAAUGAAGUUAAGGACUUCCAGCCUUAUUUCAAAGGAGAAAUCUUCCUGGAUGAAAAGAAAAAGUUCUAUGGCCCACAAGAACGGAAGAUGGUGUUCAUGGGAUUUGUCCGUCUGGGCGUCUGGCAAAACUUCUUCCGGGCCUGGAAAGGAGGCUUUUCUGGAAACCUGGAUGGCGAGGGCUUCAUCCUUGGGGGAGUCUUUGUGAUGGGACCAGGAAAGCAGGGCAUCCUUCUUGAGCACCGAGAAAAAGAAUUUGGAGACAAAGUAAACCUGACUUCUGUUCUGGAAGCUGCUAGGAAGAUCAGACCACAGACUUCGGCCUCAGAGAAACAAUGACUGUGAAACUGCCCAGCUCAGGGAUGACUAGGGCUCUUGCCUGUGCUUGCAGGAUGCGUCGUGGUUCCCCUGCUGUCCCUAAGGAGUUAUAAACCCAUUUUUUUCCAUAUUCUCAGUAUAGACCAUUAACAUAUUUUAGUAUUGUACUCUGUGUAGGUCUCAUAAGGCAAAAUAAGGUCUAAUGAGCCCCCAAACAAGACUGAUAAAAAUCUAAGAAGCUAAUAAGGCUUAUUUCAGCUAAAACCUGGAAAAUCUGAGGCUUAAAGUUGACUGUUACACCUCAUCACAAAUGUACAUGGUGUUUGAGUGCUAUUAUUUGAAAUGACUUUUAUCUUCAUGUCUUUAAAAAUCUUAGAAAAGUUGGUGAUUGACUUGAUUAAAGAUGCAAGGUUUUUGGCUCAUGUUUUCACAGUAAUAGUGAAUGAUUUAUUUUAUAAUGUUAAAGUAAUACAUAAAUGAAUUGAUGUGCUUUGGAUGACUUGAUAAAGGUAAAUAAUAAAGUGAAAUCUAUUUUCUCAUUGUCUUCCACUCUAAUCUUGGAAAUUUGAUUUUCUAGAAGGAACGAUCUUCUAGAAAGCAUGGUUCUGGUUCUAAUAAAAUUAAGCAUCAAAAAUUGUCCAUAUAUACACAUUUCUGAUAAAACUAACAAUAAAAAUAUUUACCACA